AUGUCGACCAAAUACGGAAAUUGAAACCGUUGAAGAAGAUCAACACCCAGGUUCGGGACUGGAUUUACGAGUAGCCUGUGUGUUUCUGUCAUUCUGACGUAAACUAGCCUCUGUGCCCAAUUAGAGGAAACAUCUCUCAGAUUUGGAGUGGCAACAUCAAGCUCCUAAAUUAAAAGUAAAAUAAAAUAAAGUUUUUCUCCAGUGGUGCCAGAAACCCCAUAGAAAACUAGUAGAAGGACUGCAGGACUGAGCCAGUACCCUGACGGGGCAGUGCAGACCUUUUUUGUUUUCCACUGGAGACAAAUGGUUUUGAGUGAUGGAUCAAGGUGUUGUGGACAGUCCUGUUACCCUUGUCAUCAGGGCACCCAACCAGAAGUACGAUGACCAGACCAUCAACUGUUUCCAGAACUGGACUGUGGAGAAGCUCAAAGCACACCUGUCAGACGUAUAUCCAAGUAAACCGAGCUCCAAAGACCAGAGGCUGGUGUAUUCUGGGAAGCUGCUUUUAGAUCACUUCACCUUAAAAGAUGUACUCCGAAAACAGGAUGAGUAUCAUAUGCUCCAUCUGGUUUGCGCCUCACGGACUCCUCCCGGCUCCCCGAAGCCCCCCAGCAGCCACAGUAACAAGCCUCAGGAGAACCCUGCUGGUCCCACGCCACUUCAAAACGCUAAUAGUCCUUUAACUAGUCAACAUAGCCAGUCCUCUGCAGGAGAGAGCAGUGAUGGGCUCAGACAGCGAGCAGGACCCUUCCCUGACCACCACAUGUAUCAGCAGUUCAUGCACAGCUGGAACCAGUACCCCCCACAGUCAGCACCUCCCACAAACAUGAUGCCUGCUUAUUACAACCCCAUGAGUGUGAUGUGGUGGCAGCAGCUGUACGCCCGACAAUACUACAUGCAUUAUCAGUUGCUGGCUGCCUCCCCUCAGCACCUCAGGCCAGGCCAGCCCUCGACUCAGCCUGACCAGCCCGACCCUCAGAGCCAGCGGCCUCAGGUGGGCCGAGGCAACCAGGAAGUCCAGAUGAACGCCCAGGGAGGGGAGAUCCUGAAUGAGGAGGAGCUGAACCGGGAUUGGCUGGACUGGGUGUACACGUUCUCGCGCGCCGCGAUCUUACUCAGCAUAGUCUACUUUUACUCGUCGUUCAGCCGGUUUGUCAUGGUGAUGAUGGCCAUGCUGGUGCUUUACCUGCACCAGGCUGGCUGGUUUCCUUUCAACCUGGAGAAUGAGUUCCAACUUCCUGGAGACCGAGCCAAUCAGGACGAUAUGGAGGGAGAUUUACAAAACCACAAUUUACAUGAAAUGGAAGGAGCGAUGGAUGAUGGCUCGGAUGAUGAUGGGGAAAGUGGGGAGGAAGGAGGAGAAGAUCCAAACAGCACCCCCCACACGGGCUUCCUGUCCUCCACGUGGUCGUUCAUCAUAACUUUCUUCAUGUCGCUCAUCCCCGAGGGGCCGCCAAACGCUGCUAACUGAACCACGAGCCGAACCACCACAGGACCACGUUCUGUCUUACAGAGGAGGACGAAUGUCCUACCCGCUUAGGGAAACUGUUUCUGUUGUGAAGUGUUUUAGUUUCCCACAAGUCUACUUUACUACAUAUCUAAGACACUGAGCUGAAACAAAAGUGACUGAUUUAAGCUGAGAAGAAAGAGAUGAUCACUUCAUGUGGUGUUUUUUGUUUGUCUGCACAAAGACAAAAUGAAUUGUCAGAUUACAGGAAGUUUAGUAUAACUUCUUUACACGCUAGUGAUGCCUUGUAAACAUAGUCAAAGUAAUAACUGCGUCUGUAGUGGGUCUCAGUGGACACUGUUGUUGUGAAAUGAGGACAGCAGGGACGUUUAUGAAGAAAAGUAAUUACGGCACUUCUUUUUUUUAACAUCCUGAAUCAGUUUUACUUAUUUGCAAGAAGCUGCAAUACAUAUGGAAAUAGUUUUAUUUGAACUGUAAUGAUUUUUUUUGUAAUGGUGGUUGUAGUUCAAAAGAUGAACAUUAGUAAAUAAUCCUGAAACAUAA